AUGCAACAAGCAAAGAAGAGCCAUUUUCAAUACAUUUCAACGAUAGCACACUCGGGAUUCAUCACUGAUGUAAAGAUAUGCUUGAAACAUAAUUUAUUAUUAUUAGUUAAUUAUUCAAGUGGUACGGUGAUGGUACACAACUUGACCACUAGAGAGAAAAUGUUUGAUGUUAAUGUAGGAGGAUAUUGUUAUUAUGUAGCCUUGGAUUAUACUGAUCCGGAUUGUACAUUACCCUGUAUUAUAUCAACUUCUGAUUCUUAUGGAGAUUGCGGUUUGAGAAAACAUUCACUUGAUACAAAACAAUUGAUUUGGAAAGGUCCGUGUACGUUAUCUAGUGCUAGAGGAUUGUAUGUUGAUCAGGAAAAGAAACAAGUAUAUGUUACUGAGAGAGAUAGCGGAUUAUUGAGAGUUUUUUCAUGUGUGGAUGGCUCUCUUGUAACACAAUUUAAAGUUGGAGCUGUUACUGAUGUCACAAUGUCUUUGGGAACUCUUGUUGUUUGUGACAAAGACGCAGGAUGUAUUAAAUUCCUCUCACCAACUGAUGGAUCACUAAUUAGAAAGAUUGGAGAGAACGGUGAAUCGAUUGGAAAACUCAAUUAUCCUAGAGGAGUGAUUGUAGAUCCAAUUACAAGAAAUUUAAUUGUUUCAGAUUCUGAUAAUCAUAGAAUUCAGAUAUUCACUUGGAAUGGAGAAUAUUUAGAAAGCGUUGGUAAGAAAGGAAGUGGUGAGGCAGAACUUAACACUCCAUUUGGUAUCGUUUUGAAUAGUAUAACAGGUGAAUUGUUUGUUUCGGAUUGUUACAAUUACAGAGUUAUUGUAUUCAAAUAUGAUAGUCUCAUUUCUGGAAAAUCAGAAGUUAGAUUCAAGAAUAUGCUUUCUAAAUCCUUGCACGAAAGUCUUUUGUCUGACAUUGAGUUUUCACUUUAA